CAUUCUCCUCCAUCACUUCCUCCUCAUAAGCAAUGUGUUGGCAGGCAGGGAGGUGUGAGGAGCUCGGCUCUCCGCUCCUUCACGCUGCUCAGGAGCCAUGGCGGAACGGACACUGAGGAGGAACCAGCGGCCGGAGCACAGCGGGUCCACGGCGGCGGCUCAGACGAGGAACGGUCCACGUUACCUGCAAGCACGAUCACAACUGUUACUGACGGAUUACAAUGGUGACGGCGAGUAAAGUUUUACAGGCGUAUUUAGCUGCUGUCACAGAUGUCCGGUUCAACUUUUCACUGACUGGCAUUUUGCUAAUCUCGAUGGGAUCGUAGCGACGCAGAGUUUGUUUUGCUUUUCUUUUCUUCCUGGACGUGUGUCCCGUAAAGCCAUCUGCCUCAGGCGGAAAUCUGGCGCACUGUCCCGCAGCGGCUCAUAGAGCGCCUCUUUAAUAUUUCAGAGCCGAGCAGCGGAGGUUAACAUGGGGGCAAAGCAGAGCAGCACGACUGCUAAUCCAGCUGCCAACGGUCGGACCAGAGCUUACUCCGGCUCGGACCUGCCCUCCAGCACGUCCAGCAGCAACGGCAGUAACGUUAGCAGGACUGCCGCCGGGGGUGUGAGGUACCAUGCGUACGGCGCGUCCGGAGCCUCCGGAGCCGCGUCCAGCACUAGCCAGCACCUCGGAGCGAGAGCCAGGUCGGUGGGGGGCUCCGGAGGGUCUGGGACUAGACCCCAGUCCAGCAUCAACAUUCCAAACAGCAGCGGAGCCUACAGCUCCCCGGAGUCCGGGGGCAGCAGCCCGGAGGAGGCGGCGGACCAGGAACGCUCAGGCAGAGGGCACGAAGGUCCCCGGCUGCUGAUAGGAUCGCUACCAGCACACCUCUCUCCUAACCUGUUCGGAGGCUUCAAGUGCCCUGUGUGCUCCAAGUUUGUGUCCUCGGACGAGAUGGAUCUUCACCUGGUCUUGUGUUUAACCAAACCCAGAGUGACAUACAAUGAGGACGUCCUCACUAAGGAUGCAGGAGAAUGUACGAUCUGCCUGGAGGAGCUGACACAGGGAGACACCAUCGCCCGCCUGCCCUGCCUCUGCAUCUACCACAAAGGCUGUAUCGAUGAGUGGUUUGAGGUGAACAGAUCGUGUCCAGAGCAUCCGUCAGAUUAAAGCUCUUUUGCACAGGUACCGAACAGUGAGAGUGAUCUGCUAAACUAAAGUGUGGAUCCUGGGAGACUGCUGAACACUGUGACCACUGUGAUCAGUUCACCACCCCACGCCCCCCCCCCCCCCAGAAAAAUAAUGUAGUACCAUGGUGUGCCAAAUCUCAUUUAAGCAAUCUUCAGGGAUAUCUUCAGACUUUGUGUUUAUGUUUGAGUUGCACAUCUACACUCAGUCUCAGACUGGACCCACUGAUCCUCCACCUCACAUCCUCUGCAGCCCUGACACUCAGAGCCACAUGGGGCAUAAUGACGGACAGGACUCUUGUUCCUGAGUGGCCACUGGACAGCACACGUCAGCUGAUUGUACACCAGGACACUGGAGGAGGUGGACGUGGUCCUGGAGGUGGACGGGGGGUUAGUGGUGUCAGGGUGACGGUGGAUUAUCCCUCCCCCCGUCCUACUCUGUCCCUCCCCUCCUCCUUCAGCAUCAGUGUCUACCAGUGCCUUGUUGUACUGAUGCAAGGGCAGCAAGAGGAGUCCAGACUGAGCAGAGGCCAGCUGGACCAACUGGACGGACCCGCAGGACCAUCUCACCACUACUGCCAUUCUACCAGUCCAGGAGAAACAAGCCAGAGACAGGACAGCAGCAGAAAUAUGUCUGCAUCUGCAGCAUGGACAUUUUCAGAACAGAAGCUGCAGCAAAAAUGGUGCCAACACACACACACACACACACACACACGCAAUCAUCAGUGCUCUUUAAUAAUAUGCCAUAGAGUGGAGGUCUUCAGGUACAAAAACUGAUCCCCAGCCCUGAAACCGAUGCCUGACUUAUCAUUUUCUUGUUUUCACCUGAUCCUUUUCACCUUAUGACAACGUAUUUUUCAUGUUACAGUAACAUAUAACAGCAUAUGGACAUUUCAUGACUUGAAAAAUAUUUUGUUAUAAAAUGAACAGGAUCUCAUAACGAGUUUUCAUCACUGAUUUUUUUUUUUUUUUUGGGUCAAAUUUGUCUAUCAAAGGCAGAUAUAAUCUGAACAUAUCUGUAAUAUAUCUGUUGACUAGUCUCUGUUAAUUAUAACAUUUGAUCAUUUUUGUAGCGACUGAAGAUAAACUGGUUUCCUCUCAGAGGAAAAAAACUUUAGAGGCACCAGUUGUUGCCACCUGCAUGUGAACCCACUCUGGCAAAGGGAGAACCCCAGCUGGUGGGAUUCAAACCCAGAACCUCGUUGCUAUGAGGCGACAGUGCUAACUACUGCACCCCUGCGCCGCACAGAAAACACGAUCCUUUUUUAAAAUUGUGUUCUGUUCCUAUGACAGUGCUCGAUAUGUUCUAAUGCUGAGCACCUGACGCUGCUUACUGAGCCUGAUUAAAGGAGGCUGGCCUGUAAUCUGAGUCUGCUCACUGAGGAACACAUCAGCGUUAUUACUGAUAUUUUUCUGCAUUACAGAAAAAUAAUCAUUUAAUCAUCUUAACCCUUAGACCACCACCGCACCAGUUUACCUUCACUUGGAGCUGUUUCCUGGUCGACUGAACAGCCGCUCUCACGUCCUGGCAGCUGCAAUCAGAACUCCAAUCAAAGUGCUUGCACUUAUUCAGGCCGAGUAACGUCGGCCCGAGAACACAGGACUGAGGCACACUGGAAUCACUGGACCUGACUCCAGUGAUCCAGUCUGUUUCUGGGGCUGGGUUUGCCUGAAGACCUCUACCAUGGAGGAAGAGUAGUGUACAGAUUUUAAAUCCAAUGGAAAACUAUCACAGUUGAUUUCACUGACAAGCUCAUCAGCCUGAGAGGGUGAACUCAUCAUUGGAAUCAGUAGGUGUGGAUACCAAAGCUCCAAAUGUUUUCCAUGACUCAGAAUCCAGUGCUUGUCCCACCACCCUGACCCUGGAGAUCUUUUUUUUUUAUAUACUGGAAAAAAAACAAAUAAGCUGCUUCAUGAUUUCCUUAAUGGAAAGUUUAAAAUCAGUCUUGUGUAAUCCCCUCUCUGUGUGGAGGGUUUUUUUUAUGAUCACAAUGAGACGAAGUAUCCCACGUGGCCUCCAGCUCCUGUUUCUUGUUUCCCAUCACCCCUUUCCUCUCACCGUCGCUUAAACUUCAGUCCAGGUAGUAGAAGCCUGGUUGUUAUUAAGCCUGGUUAUUUUUUUAUCACCACCAUUUUUGUGACGCUCCAAUCCGGAAAAUGUUUGAGGCAUCAUGUGCUGCAUGUGCUGUACACGUGUCGGCGGUGUCUCGCCGCCCAGAUGCAUGUGUGUGUACAGGUUUUCUUCUAAACCAGUCAACAAAGCAGCUGAUUUUCCAGGUCAGUGCCCCUUGAACCAGAGAGGAGGAAUUAAUCUGCUGCUAAAUCCCAAAUCCACUUCUCCUCCUCUCCUCCCGUCCCCCUCAACCACACCUCUCCAAUCAGACAGUGACCUGGGCUGGAUCCAGGUUUCAGACAGUGCUCACACUCUGAAGGCCACCUGGACUUGUUCACUGAGAACUCUGUAUGUUUCUGUAGUCUAAGCACUGUCAGACUGUCUCCUGUGGCUCUGGAGGAGCUUUCUAAAGUUUGAAUUACUCAACUGACAUCACUUGAGAAUCACUUGAGAAAAACAAACUUUGGAAUGGAGCAUUCUUUUACCAUCCUAGAUGUAAUCCCACCUUAAACUCUUUAUUUUUAGGGUUGGGAUAGCAGUGGUAGGGGAUCCCCCGCUGGGUUGCUGGAGAAAACAGUGGAGUACACUGUGAACUUUGGAGUUUUGGGAUCCACCACAACACACUCAUGACUACUGCUUCAUCACACUGUAUAAACCUGACAGCCACACAAGAGAUUAGCUGAGCCCUGUAAUACCCUGUCCCACCACACGGUGGUGCUACAGAGUCAUGUAGUUUCUCUGUGUCUGCCUAUGGAGGUGGGAGCAGUGUGUGGACUCUCCUCAUCGUGUCUUCUCUAUUUCUAGCAAUAGUCUGAACAUUUGGCUGAGUGACUGACGUUUCACAGGGCUCAUACUGUACCUCCAUCUUCAAUCUGACUGAAUCCACAACCAAUCAUUAUUUAUCAUUUUGCUGAUUACACACCCGGUUUCUGCGAGCAGAACAGGGUGAUGUCUUUUCAUUUCUGUCCUGAAUUUUAGAGGAAAAGUGCAACAGAUCAGGCCUUAAUAGAUGCGAUAACCUUCAAUUAUCUGUCCUCAUGGUUUUAUAUUGUUUGCUACCUCCAAUAGCACAAUGACUCAUCCACCCAGCCUUUAGCUGAUGAUGGAAAAGAAGAAGAGGUACACAGGAAAAGGCCAGUGUUGAAUUUAUACCAUUAGCAGAGGUGGAAUUUGAUAAAAGCUCAAAGAAUAUUUUGGGUGAGAAUUAUGAAGCUAACAACCAAAAGAUACAAGCUUCUGAAAGAAGUCAAAAAAAAAAAUCCCUGUCUGCUUAUGUGGAAUUUGUGAAGUUUUCUGGGCUUUCACAUGCUCUCAUCGCCUUCCUUUAGUAGGUGGAACGGCUCAGUUGUUGAUCACAUGACCUGAAUAUGGAAUUUUAUUCACUCAAUCUUUCUGUCUGGCCAUCAACUGACUCACGGUCGACGACUGUGAUCAGCUAUGUGUAAACACUGGACCAAAACCACCAAAUAUUCCAUCUCCAUGACAACUGGGCCACAACUGGGAGAUAAGAUGAAGCCCAAAGCUUCAAAAACACCCAGUAACUCAACCUUCUGAACAGUUUUUUUUUUUUUUUUUUUUGUUAAUAACCCUUUUUUCAAUCAGUUCUGAACUAAUGAGACAGACAUACUGAAGGUUUACUGCUUAAAUAGCCAAUUAUAUUGUCUGCAUAAAAUGAAAGCAAUGGCAAUACUGUGUAAAGGAUAUCAUGAUGACUUUAUGCUGAAUAUCCUGUGGGAGCAAACAGAUUUCACCUCUGGCUUCUACUUGUUUCUUCUACUUGUCUCCCCAGGUUUGGGUGAUCCUGUGUUCUACAUUGUGGUGACACAAUUCUAUGUGUCGUAUUUUAUGUUGCAACUGCCAUCACACCCAGCCGGGGGCUUCCCCAUUUGCACAUGCAUUGAGAAAUCCCCAGCAUGCACUCUGAUUGGUGUCUGUCUGAGCCAUAGCUCCCUGACUUCAAACCAACACAGUGGAGCAUUGGCUCAAGUUUGAUAGUUCUGUGUAUCGAGUGUGAGGCACUGAAGAUACAGCCCCAAACUAAGCCUUAUAUGAGCUACUAUAGAAUCAGUCCAGCACUUUUUAGCAUUU